CUCAGAGUGAGGUUCUGCCUGCUGGAGGUCGCUGUGGUGCAGAGACCCCUGGGUGAAGCCACCGUCACCAUGUCUGACCAGGAGGCAAAACCUUCAACUGAGGACUUAGGAGAUAAGAAGGAAGGAGAAUACAUUAAACUCAAAGUGAUUGGACAGGAUAGCAGUGAGAUACAUUUCAAAGUGAAAAUGACAGCACAUCUCAAGAAACUCAAAGAAUCAUACUGUCAAAGACAAGGUGUUCCGGAGAAUUCACUCAGUUUUCUUUUUGAAGGUCAGAGAAUUGCAAGUAACCAUACCCCAAAAGAACUAGGAAUGGAGGAAGAAGAUGUGACUGAAGUUUGUCAGGAAAAAAUGGGGGGUCUGGCCCUGCCUUCUAGCACCAGGACUGCGCCUAUGGACCUGGAACUAGCUCCUCUCUCUCCUGGUCCUGGAAGAGUUCUUGGGUGGCGGAGCGGACGAGGCGCGCGGGUCACAGCCCUUCGGAAGCCCAAGCAGCUCGGCGCGGGGCCUGGCGGGAAGGCGGGCGAGCGCGUGGCCGAGGGCGCCGCGCGGACGGGCGGGCGCCCGUGA